UGCAGUCGGCGCUUGCAGUCCCACUGGGCCCCAGAGCCCUGCCUCGCCUCGCCUCGCCUCGCUUUGCCUCAGGAGCCAGCCUGCUAGGUAAGGCAUCAGAGAGAAAAGACUUCCCUAAAGUCACAUAAGCAGGAGGUGGAAGAAGCCGAACUUCAGCCCAGGCCUCGUGACUGCCAAGUGAAGAGCCCUUGCCACUGGGGCGUCCAUUUUGUGCUCUGGGGCCAAAGGUCCCAGCCCUCCUCCAGAAAGCUCUUCCGUGCUCUGAGGGUCUCCGUGGCCUUCAGGGGUCCCACGUGCAGCCCAGGGCUCUGGCCUGCCAUCUUUCUCUUUCCAGUGGAGAAGGCCCUGAAGUGUUGGAGACCAAGUUUGGCCCUGCUUUCUGACCUACUGAGACCUUUUGGGAUCCUGACUGUGUCAUUUAGCAGAAUCUUAGGGUCUCUGGAGUCAGCAGAGACAUCAGCAGCGACCGUCCAGUCCGACUUGUGCCACGAGACUCAAACCAUCUCACAGGAGGGAGCUGAGGCCCGGCGCUGACUCGCCUGAGCCCUCACGGCCCUUGCCUUCCUCAACCUGCUCUCCUUGUCUGUGGCCUUUCGGCACUCUCCUUGACCUACCUAAAGACCAAAUCAAGAAGAGAGGAAGAGACAACAGAGCAGACAGAGCACACAGAACCACCCCAGCUCCGGGAAGGUGGGAUCAUUGGGGAAGAGUGAGUAACACCUACUCCCGUUCCAGGUCCGGCCUCUGCCCUUCUCUUGCAAGAGUACUUGACGGCAGGAGACGGGAUAAUUCUAAGGGUUGGGAGUCAAAGUAAAUAUGGGUGGUUGGACCUAAUUUUGUCAGGUCAGUUGCCGUAUUUUCCAGAUACAGAACCAUACAUUGAUCAUUAGUGGUAGGCCAUAGAAUUCCAGAGCUAAAGGGGCCUCGGAGCAGAGAAUGUCAUAUUUGGAGGGGGUUUUCAUACAGAGAAUGUCAGAGCUGAGAGGCAACUUAGAACACAGAUUUUCAGAUUUACAAAUGGCCUUAGAACAGGGAAUGUCUGUGCUCGGAAAAACCUUAGAAUGGAAACUGUUAGGACUGAAAGGGACUUUGGAACAGAGGGUGUCAGAGCUGAAAGAGACUUUAAAACAGAGAAUACCCAAACUGGGAGGAACCUUAGAACAGGGAAUGUCAGAGCUGGAAGGGACUUUAGAACACAGGCUCCGCAAGCUGGGAGAACUUUUAGAACGAAGAAUGGCAGACCUGGAAGGGUUUUUAAGACAGAGAAUGUUAUACCUGGAAGGAAUUUUGGGACCCAGAUUGUCAGAUCUGGGAAAGACCUUAGAACAGAAACUGUCAGAACUGGAAGGGGUCUUAGAACAGAGAAUGUCAGAACUGAAAAGGGUAUUGGAACAGAGAAUGUCAGGGCUGAGAGGGGCCUUAGAAGAUGGAAUGUCAGGGCUGGGAGGGAUCUUAGAACAGAGAAUGACAGAGCUGGGAGGGAACUUAGAACAGAAAAUGACAGAGUUGGAACAUAUCUUGGAGCAAAAAUUGUCAGGGCUGGAAGAGACCUUAGAGAAUACGUUUUCGGAGCUGGGAGGGACCUUUGAAGAGAAAAUGUCGACACUGGGAGAGAUCUUAGAACAGAGAAUGUUGGCAUUGGGAGGCACUUUGGAAGAGAGAAUAUCAGAGAUGGAAGAGGUCCCUGAACAAGAAAUGUCAUUGAUGGAAGGGAUCUUAGAACAGAGAAUGUCAGAGCUGGGAGAUGUCUUGGAACAGAGAAUAUCAGAGCUGGAAGAGAUCUUAGAACAGAGAAUGUCAGAGGUAGAGGGUGUCUCGGAACAGAUAAUGUCCGAGCUGGAAGGGAUCUUAGAACAGAGAUUGUCCGAGCUGGAAGGGAUCUUGGCCCAGAGACUGGCGGAACUGGAGGAGACCCUCGGACAGAAAAUGGCCCAGCUGGAAAGGGCCUUAAGACAGAGAAUGUCAGAGUUGUAAGAGACCGGAGAACCGAGAAUGUUAGAGAUGGGAGGGACCUUAGAAUACAGGACAUACCAGCUGGACAAAACAUUGGAAAUCAUCUAGCCCAUUUUCCCCUUUGCUUUUUCUCUCCCUCCUGCCGCCCCCUACACAGCUCAGUGCCACCUCUUGUCAGCAGAGGAUCAGGGUGAAGGAAAGAAAAGAUAAAUUACAUCAAACCACUGAACCUCCUGAUUAGCUGCUCUGGUCAAAGUUAGGAGUGGGUGGAAGAGGUUGGGACUAUUUGAAGAAGGUUUUGGAUUAUUCUGGGACCACAGAUGAUUGAGAGAUGGCUGCUGUACCCUGUAUUAGUAAAGUAUUAGUAAAGGGGCAGUUGUGGUGUCUUGACUUGAUUUACCCUUCUGCAAGCUGUAGAUGGUUUUGA